AUGCAAACUUUACAGGGGCAUUUCCAGGCCACAGAGUUCAGUUGGCAGGAUACACGGAAAGCUCUUGAAAGGGAUUUGGAAACUCGAAACCAAGCCAUUGAAAACUACAGGAAAGAACUGGAGAUGCAAAUGCUAGAAAAGAGUAAAAUUGAAGCUGUUAUUCAGGAACAAAAUGUGACCAUUCAAGGGCUGCAACAGAAAUUGCAUCAAUUAAACUCACAUAACAAUACACAUAUGGAUACCAUGAGGCAACAUAAAAGUGAGAUUGGAUUGAGCCAUGAAAGGGAAGAGCGAGUGAGAAAGGAACUUGAGGCAGCAAAUCAAAGAGUGAAAAAACUGGAGGCGAACAUAGAGGCAGAGAGAGCAACACACCUUGAGUCCAAGUUUAAUUCUGAAGUUAUCCAGCUGCGGAUUCGGGAUCUUGAGCGGUCUUUAGAAGUAGAAAAGGCCAGUCAAGCUCAAAGUUCUACAGAGCUGGAGCUUAUAAAAUAUCAGUUCAAAGAAGUGGAAAUGGCUUAUAAUAGAGAGAAGUCCAUUGCUGAAGAUCUAACAGACAAGCUUAAUAAUUCGGAAAAAGAAUAUGCUUCCAUGAUAAAUGAUUUUAAAGCUGACGUUGAGAAGAAAAACAAGCUAAUCACAGAACUUUCUGCAAAACUAAGUAACUAUGAAGAAAAUUUAGCUUUAACGGAACAGAACCUUGCUAUGACUAAAAAACAGCAGGUUUCUAUUGAAGAUACUUAUGGAUAUAUUGUAAAAGAACUACAGGGAUUGGUGGACAAUUGCAGUGUGUCAAGCCUCUCUGUGUCAGGGACCUACAAUGAUAACCUUAGACCUGCCAGGCCUGCUGUCCUUGAGGCUUUAAGGCAUACCUUGACAGAUUACCAGAACAAGCUGCAAAGUUCAUCUAAUGAGCUGGAAAACACAAAGCAUGUCUGCGAAGAGUUGAAAAGAUAAAGUAAAUGCAUCCAAUCAGAUGAUACAAUCUUUGCAUAAUAACCUUCAGAAUGCUCGGUCUGAACAGACCAUUGCUGAAAAAGAAAUACAUCAUUUGAGCACUAAAUGCGCAGAAAAAGAGUCUGAAAUUGCUAGGCUGCAAAAGGAAUUUGGAAAAGCACAAGAUGCCUGGGAGAAAGAAGCCCGAAGAGUAUUAGAAGCUGAGAGUGAAAUCCAAAAGAUCAACAGGACUUUCCAAAAGAAUAAAGAGGAGACGUUGACUUUCUUGCACAAUUUAUACCAACGCCUAGUGGCAGGAUAUGUUCUUAUAAAACAGCAAGAAUGCAUGUUGGGUAAUUUCACAUGGCCAGAACUGUGUGUGGUGUUGCAAGAGAAUGUUGAUACCCUGAUCUCUGACCUCAACAAAGCUAAUGAGAAGGUGUCACAUCUAGAACAAGUAUGCAAACACAAGGCUGUUAUGAUCGUGGAUCUACAGCGAAAUCAUGAAAACUCUCUAGACAAGCUGGCUGCACAAAUGAAAACACAGCAUUGUAACUGGCAGACAAAGACCAAAGAUUUGGAACAACAUUACUCUGCUCUUCUUGGAGAAGCUCGUGAGAAGGCUCAGAAAUAUCAGAAGAUUGCUGAAAAAUUAAAAGGGAAAGCUUCAAUCUCUGAAAAAACAAAGGAUCAGAUGGCCAUGGAAAAUGUGCGCAUUAAAAAUACACUUAUCAACACAGAGAAAGACCACAAGUCCCUCCUUGCAGCCUGUGCCCUUAUGGCUGGUGCCCUAUGCCCAUUAUACAACAGAAGUUGUUUGUUGGCUGCACAGAAAACCCUCCUUCAAGAAGAAUUUAACUCUUCUGUAUACAUUCAGAAGGAGAUCCAAAAUUUAGUCCAAGCUUUGUCUGAAAUUGGAGAUAAGAAAAAGGCGGAUUCUUGGAAGAAAGCAGAGCACGUGAAGCUUUUGUUUCGGAAAGGUGUCAUUGUGGUUUUGGCUGCCAAACGGCUGCAACGGCUUGGUAAAGCUAGAAAAUCUCUGUUUACAUGGGUGGAAAAAGCUAAGCGGAGACCUGGGAUUUCAGUGUGCAUCAGAGAAGUCCAGACUACACAGAAAACAAGAUUACAAGAUGAACCAAUGUACUGCAAAGAAGCUGAAAAGUGGCUUACAAAUACUGAUCUCCUGUCAGUAGUAGUUACUUCUAUGUCUGAAUUAAUUCGAUUAUUAAACAACAGGGAUCUGAAUUGUAGCUCUGAAGGACUGAUAAUUGAUACAGCCAGAAAUUGUUUCUCAAAGUUGAUUAAGAAACUAAAUGCAGAGAUGGAAUAUAGGACUGUGGCCUUUGACAGACAUUCAGUUUACAUAGACUCUGAUUCCCUUGCUUACAGACUUGCUUGUGGUCUUCGCAAGAUCUAUGGCCAGACGCCAAAUGUGGGCCUGACCAGUACCACUCCAGUCAAGGAAUGCGUAGCUGCCUUAAAAAAACAGAUAUUUGGGUUUACUGCACGUCUGCAUACAGCAGAAGUAGAAAGACUAUCCAUGCGCCGGGAGUUGUCAGAUAUGAAGCAGAAAUUCAGUGAACGUGGCAAAAAUGCUGACAAGGCACAGAAGCUUAAAGAGGAUGGCCAGCAUUUUGAGCAAUCUGCAAGUGUGGUCCCAUAUGAGCGGUUUAAAACUGCCUUUGAAGAAUUCAAUAAAGCUCUUCUGCGAGAGCAGGAAGCUCAGAUGCUUCUGCAUGAACAGUCUCAGCAAUUAAUGGAUCUUAAUUCUAAAAUGCAACUGCUCUCAAAGGAAGAUGCAGAAAAAGAUCAAACCCUAUCAGAGGCAAUCAAGAGUCUCUCUGAGGCAAAGAAGGAGCUACAGAGAAAAGAUCAAUAUUUACGUCAGCAAAGCGCAUGGAUUGGGAAGCUGGAGCAGGGCAAAUGUCAACUGGAAAAGAGCAUUACCAGUGCAGAAGGUGCCCUACGUGUGGCAGUGAGGGAUAAAGAAACCUUGAUGAGCUACAUGAAGUCUGUUUCCGCAUCCUUUCAAAAGAUCAGAGAUGAGGCAUCAAUGUCACUGGCGACAUCCACACAACAUGAUGCACCAAUCCAGCUUCCAAAGUUAACACCUAAUAUGUUUGAAAUGGAAGAAAACACAGGAGGAACAGAGUUUAACAUAUGCCAGAUUAUGAUCAGAAAUUUCCUUGAUGUCUACCACAUUGCAUGCACCAAAGCAGCAGCACUUGAAAGAAAAAUAACGUUACAUGAGAAGCGCAUAUCCACUCUCAAGUCGGAGCUACAGUCUGCAUGCUUGCGAGAAGACAGAGACUUGCUUCCGGAGAAGUGUGGUGCCAGCAUGGCAAUCAGUUCAACAGAAUUUUCUCAAAACAGAACUGUGCCAGAUUUUCUACCACUAGAGCCUGAGCCAGACUUAUCAACCAGCCAUCAGAUUUACAGCUAUAUGAACGAGUCUUUCCAUCCCAUCACAGACUACUCAUCUCUUACUGAUUGGACUUCAACACAUAUGAAGGCGCUUCCAAAGAUAUAA